AUGGCCACAUCAACCGUUCCUCUCCCCGAGCCAGAGCCAGUCGCACCAGAACAACCAGACCCAGCGAGAGAGGCCAACCGCGCCCGGUUCGAAAUCGAACUCGAGUUUGUCCAAGCACUCGCCUCGCCGUUCUACCUCGAGACGCUGGCACAGAGAGGUUACUUCCAGCAGGAAGAGUUUGUCGAGUACCUCAAGUACCUGCGGUACUGGAGGAAGAGAGAUUAUGCCCGGUUCUUAGCAUAUCCUCAAGCACUGCACCACCUCGAACUCUUGCAGGAAGACUCCUUCCGCAAAGCGCUCUCCAACCACAACGUCAUCGUAGCGCUCGACAACCAACAGUAUCAACACUGGAGAACAUGGCGGAAUAACCCUGCCAUGCAGCCUUUGCUGAACGUCCCCCCGCACCCGACAACGUUACCCAAGUCUGAGAGCACUCCUUCCAAGCCUCCCACCAGGCCAGCACCAACAGCCAGCACGUCCGACCCACCUCCAACCUCCUCAUGAACGCCACCACCUCCCCCUCCUCCUGGCCCCUUCUCGGUGUCAGGAUGGGCAAAAGAACAAGGUCCAAGCAAGCAAAGGAUGGUAUGGUACAGAUAAUGCAUAGGAUAUCCUAGUGCGGGUGAUCGGUCUAUUCGGUCGGGGUUGCGAUGGGCGAAGGUGGUACUGUAGGGUAUGUCAGAGUAAGAGUAGGAUAAGAGGAUGAUGGUAUC